UUAUUAAAUAAACGUUUUUGCAUAUGAUUGUCAGAAUAAUUUGUACUUUGUUAGUUAGUACAGGCUUUCUUUUGACUCACUCGAUUCUUACGACGCAUGCGCAUUAUUCAAACUGUCAUGUGUAGUUGCGCAGAAAUAUAUUUAACUAAAAUAUAUUAUAAUAAUAUAUAAUUGAGGUUAUAUAGGCAUUCUAAAGAGAGUUAUGAACAACGAUCGGAAACGUUAAUAUAUCUUAAAUACUUUUUUAAAAUAUAAUAGAAGAACGUUAAUUUGCUAAAAUAUGGAUGUAAUUGAAUAUAAAUUAGCCUCAAAAAAUCCUGUUUUAGUAUCACAUGGAGUAUCUAAACUUUAUGAAAUAAUCAAAAAUAAGUACAAAGAUGGAAAAGUUAAUGAUGUUUUAAAGAUACCAGAAUUUAAAUUUCUUACGUCAAAACUUGAAAGCGAAGAUAAAUUACUUACUUCGUCUGUAUGUCAAGCAUUAGUGAGACUUGUAGAAAAUGAAGUAAUAUCUAUUACUAUGGCUCUCUGUACUUUGAUAUCAUAUAUUUCUUCUACAAACAAUUAUGUUGCCAUUACUGUAAGCAUAAGUCAUUUACUGAUAUUGGAUUUUAAACUUAAUGCUACUGAAGAUAAGUGUUCAUAUGCAUCGUUAAUGCCUCAGUUUCCAUUUAUCACUAUUUUAAAAGAAGAUAGAAAUUCUUGGCACGCAGUGUUAGAUCAAAUGCAUUUUAUAAUGAACCAUCCUGAUGAACAGAUAAAGAAGAAUAGUAUACAAAUAUUAAGACCGGUCUUUCUAUUUAUUUUAUGCAACCCUUCUUCAACUUUAUCAGAUGGUUGCAAAAAAAAAACUUGGCAAUUAAUUGAAUUGAGUAAUGCUUUAGAAUUGCAGAUCGAAAUUCUAUUAUGGCUUCGUACAAAUGAUAUAGAUAAUUGUUUGGAAACGUAUUAUACAAUUUCUGGAUUUGCAAUAGCAUCUCUAUCCAAAAAUGACAAAGAUACUUGUAUAGCCUUACUUCCAUUAUUGUCAUCUGUAUGUAUAUGGUUUCUUGAACAUGGUUUCGAUCCUAUUGCAAAUCUUGACACAAUAUCUACUAUUAUAAAUAAAUAUAAUAAUUUAUCGGGAAAUAUUAUAUUGGCAUUAAUAUCCGAAAUGAUUGUGAUAUGUCCUGUAUUUUACUUAACUAAUGUUUUACAACUAUGUGAACUUGUAUUGAAUAAAAUGUCAUGCAAUAUAACAUUGAUGUAUGUGAUAAUAGCAUCUAUAUUGAAGUGGAUGCCUUAUCCUUCUGUAUUGUCUGCUGAAGCAUUAACUAAAGCUCAUACUAUAAUAAAUAAAGCUCUUACUGAAGUAAAAUGGACAAAAGAAGCCAACAAUUCCUACCCAGAAGGAAUAUUCGCUAAAUUACUUCAUUUUGAUGCAUACGUUCAAUUUUACACAGAAAGUGUCGAAUUGUUAAAUACAGUAACAGAUAAGAAUAUUUUAUCAUGGUUAAAAAUGUUAUCAAAAAGUCCAAUUGAUUUACGUUUUAAAUAUAGAUUAAUACUUUCUGGUUUGUUUUUACAAAGUAAGAAUGUUAUUAUAACAAUAGCCAUUGGUGAUAUACUUAUGCAAAUCACUAAAGAAAUAAUCGUUUUUGCAUCUCACAUGUUACCACUGAUCAUGCAUAAAUUAUCAAAAUCUCGUGAUCCUGAAGAGUUGAAAUACUUACUUUUUAUAUUACCGGAAUUAGUAACAACAAAAGAAAAUGUAGUAUUUAUAAAUAAGACAUUGCAAACAUUAUUUAAUACUGAAGGACCAUUAAAAUAUUAUGCUCUCAAACUCUACUCAACGAUGAACGAUAGAGAUCCACGCUGUUAUCAAUAUCUUUCAUCAGCACUUAUUAAAACAUUACAAACUGAUAAAUCGUGGUAUGCUGAUCUAGCUUGUGCUGAAGUGAUCAAGCACAUUUGCGAAGAACGGCCAGAAUGUGCUGAAGAACUUGUUCCACUUAUAUCACAAAUAUUAAAUAAGUGUGUGGAUAAAAAUGGUAGUAUUGCAACAGCGCUUGCACUUAAAAGUAUUUCUGCUCUUUGCAGUUCUUCUGUUAUUCACUUUUCCUCUGUUUGGAAAGUUAUAGCACCAAAAAUGAGAAAAGAAAAACGUACAAUUGUUAUAAAAACCUUAUGUGAAUUCUUUGGGGAUAUUCCAUCUUUUACAAAUAAAGGUAGUUACUUAGAUGAGACUUUGAUUAACGAUAUACUAAAGAUAUUAUGGUCAUAUGUUAUUCAAAAUGAUCCAGAGAUAAGUGAAGCUGCACUUAAGGCAAUAGCUUCCUAUCGAUUGGAAGAUAUUACAUUAGAAACUUUACCGGAUGAUUUUAAAUCUGAUAUUGCUACAUCAACUUCGACUGAUACAGAAUCAAAAGAUAUAUUUCAGCAUAUACCAGGCACGUGCUGGAUCAAAAUGUUAGAGAAAGUCAAUAAAAUGACUUUGAAUGCAGCUGGUAAUAUUUUAAUUUCAUUUAUAACACGCGAAGUUUCAAAUUUUCGAUCUGGAAUAUAUAAUUGGCCAUAUGGAGAGCCAAAUGAUUUCAAAUACUUACCAGAAAGAAGUAUAAUAAGAACAGUCGGCGAAUAUAUAAGACGUGUAGAUAGAACUCAAUCUAUCAAUGAAAAUGUCGUUUUAGAAUGUUUACGAAUACUUGCAUUCAAAUAUCCGAAGCCUUUGCCAAAUGUAAAUUGGAAUUUUUUACAUAACAUUUCUGAAAUAUCUCAUAAAGCUAAAGAAUACUGUCUCGCUAUUGCAUGUCAUCAUUCAGUCAUAUCAUUGAGUGCCAGAAACUUUGUUGAACAACAUUUAUUAAUGUAUGAUUUUAAUGAAAAUCUACAAGAAUUAUUAGAAAGUAAAGAACAUGAGAUAUUAUAUUCAAAUCUAGAGAUUCUCUGUGAAGCUAUGCAAAUACAAAAAAUGAAGCCAUUGUUAGAUACGACAUUGUCACAUGUUAUGGCAAAUUUAUCAAGUGAUGAUGAUACAAAUGUAAUUUUAUUCAAGAAUAUUAUGCAAUCUUAUGCUAAUGCUUUAAAAAAUGAAACAAUAAAUGAUGCUAUUCGAUCAGUGCUUUCUACUACUUUAGAUAAUCUUUUAGAUCAAGUAGACUUAACGCAAGAUCAUUAUAAACCUUAUAUUUCUGCAGUAUUAGCAUUACCAGUUGAACACAUCGAGAGAAUGACAUCGCCUAAUAUAUGGUGGGAAACACCAGUUACAAAACUGAAAAAUGCUAUAACUAUUAGGGCAGAAUUAUCUAUAAAUAGCAUUCAAAUGCCUUUGAAUUGGAUGAACGAAUUAAUUAAUCUAAUUGCAACUAUGCCCAGUGUACAAUUAUAUUUGUUACAAGAAGUUCGAAGAGUGCCAACUGAAUUGCGAUCUAAAAUAUAUACAGUUGAUUGGGCUAUCGAUUUUAUAAAUCGUAUUCAAGCACUUAUACCAGAAAUAUCUGAAUACAGUCAAAAAAUAAUAUUUUAUUGUGAUAUUUUUUUCAUUUCUAUUAUUUAUUUAUCUGGAAUGGAUUGCAUAAUAUUAGAUACAAAUUCUAUUAUAUCUUCACAACAAGUUAGAACAAGAUUAUUUCCACAAGCUAUUGCUAGGCUUGCUGAUUUACAACAUUGGAAAAAUCAUAUGAUUCCUCAGGUAAUGGAGUGGUUACAUCAAAUGAGAAAAUGUCCUAUACCGGAACUCUAUAAAUCUACAUUUCAUAAUUCAUUAAUCUCCUUAAAACAUCAUCCUCAUUACAAUAAAAAGUGGUUUACUUAUUUAGCAGAGUAAACGAUCUACAAGAUUUCAAUGUAUAAAUAUACAAUGAUACAAUUAAUUUACUUUUUAAACAUUCAAUUCUAUAUGAUAAACACACACAUUUCUAAUAAAUAUCAAAAAGGGCAGUUUUUUAUAUAUAAAAAUUAGAACUAUCUAAUUCUAAAUUUCUAGCUAUAUAAUAUUCACCUUACAAUACUCAUUUGAUAAGCAGCUAUAAAUAUAUAUCUAUAUUUUUAUAUGAAUAUAUGGACAAAAAUAUAAAAAAAAAAAA